UGCAUUUCAGGUUUAGUUUAUUUUGCAGUGCCUGACGUGCAUGUAGAGUCUCCAUCUCUCUGAACAGCUGUGGGAUUCAUACACCCAACCACCACAUAAAUACAGAAAAUGUAAUAUAUAUAUAAUCGUCUUUUAAAAGUUUUCCUGGUAUAACGUACUACUUAUCCUAUCGAAAAGGAUUCUAGGUGCACCCUAUUACACCUGUUAAGGAGACCAAGAAUGGAGAAACUAAAGGGCAGUAGCAUUCCAGAAAUGGAGUCCCCUGUCUGCAUCAUAGAGAACAGUGAUGGGAAACUAAAACCAUGUGAAGAAGGUCUGAAGGUUUUGGAGCAGUUUGACUUACCUGUGAUUGUGGUUGCUAUUGCUGGACUGUAUCGAACUGGAAAAUCAUAUCUGAUGAACAGACUUUGCAACCAAAGAAAAGGAUUUUCUUUGGGAUCCACUGUCCAGUCUCACACAAAAGGAAUAUGGAUGUGGGUCAUUCCUCAUCCCAAGCAGACCGACUGCUGUCUAAUGGUUGUUGAUACGGAAGGACUGGGAGACGCUGAGAAAGGGGAUGAGAACAAUGAUAAAUGGCUGUUUGCAUUAGCAGUUCUCAUGAGUAGUUUGUUCGUGUACAACAGCAUGAGUAAUAUCGAUCAACAUGCGCUGUCUGAUCUACACUUUGUAACAAAACUGAGUGAUGUCAUUAAGAUAAAAACAAAGAAAAAAGAAAAUGAGAAAGAAGACUUGGGGAGAAUUUUCCCUCCUUUUGUGUGGACCAUUAGAGAUUUUACUUUGGACCUGGAAAUGGAUAACAAAGCAAUUACUGCUGAUGAGUAUUUGGAAAACUGUCUGAAAGUGAGAAAAGAAAAAAAGAAGGAGUUCAAUGAAUGCCGAAAAUGUAUCAAAGAUUUUUUUCCCGAAAGGAAAUGUUUUAUUUUCCCUCAGCCUGUUAGAAAGAAGGAUCUUAGAAAUCUUGAAAACCUUAGCGAUGAAGAGCUGGAUGAGGAUUUUGUGACUGAGUCCAAACAUUUUUGUGAUUUUGUAUACAAGUGUGCCACACCCAAAACUGUUCAGGGUGCUCAGCUGAAUGGCAGAAAGUUAAGUACUUUGUUACAAGCCUACACUGAAUGUAUAAGUAGUGGACAUGUGCCUUCCAUCCAAAGUGCUGUCCAGUCUCUCUCAGAAAUUGAGAACACCAGGGCAGUUGCAGCAGCAGAAGCUUGUUACAAGGAACUGAUGGAUAAAGUGACACUUCCCACUAAAGAUGUCUAUGAAUUCCUGAAGCAUCAUAUCCAGAGUGAGAAGGAGGCAAUUGAUGCUUUCACACAGCAAUUCUUUCUGGAUGAGGACAUGAAGUUUCAGAAUGAGAUGAAGGUCAAAAUACAAUGUUUGUAUGACCAAUACAAUAGUGCAAAUGAGCAAGCGUCUGAGAAGAAAUGCCGAGCUGUGCUGAAUGAGGUAGCUAAGGAGUUAGAGGAGAAAUUGAAGGAAGGUGAAUAUGUAAAACCAGGAGGGUAUACAAUGUACUGUUUUGAUCGGAAGUGUGCAGAGAAAGCAUAUCUUGCUGUACCAGGAAAAGGUGUCAAGGAAGCCCUGUAA